AUGCCCAGUUAUGUGAAGUUUAUGAAAGAUAUUUUUUCCAAGAAGUGGAGGAUGGAAGACUAUGAGACGGUGGCGCUCACUGAAGAAUGCAGUGCAAUUUUGCAGAAGAAGUUGCCCAAAAAGUUGAGAUAUCCGGGGAGCUUUACUAUACAUUGCCCAAUAGGAAAAUUUGAGUGUAAGCAUGCCUUGUGUGAUUUGGGGGCGAGUAUAAAUAUGAUGCCUUUAUCUGUAUUUAGAAGACUUGGUUUGGGUGAAGCAAGGCCAACAACAGUUACUUUAUUGUUGGCGAAUAGAUAUGUGAAGCAUCCACGGGGUAUCAUUGAAGAUGUUUUUGUGAAAGUGGAUAAAUUUAUUUUUCCUGCUAACUUUAUCAUCCUUGACAUGGAGGAGGAUAUUGAUGUGCCUAUUAUUCUUGGAAGACCAUUCUUAGCCACAGGCCAAAAUCUCAUCGAUGUUGAAAAGGGAGAGCUUAAACUCAGAGAUCAGGGGGAUGAGGUGGUAUUCAAUGUCUUCAAGGCAACGACAUAUCUGAUGGCAAGUGACAGUUGCUACAGUGUGGAUGUGCUAGAUAAAGCAGUCUUGGGAAGAAGGGUGAGUAGUGAUGCCUUAGAGGCGGUGUUGACAGGUGGUGAGGAAGAUGAUGAUGAUGUCGAGAUGAGAGAAUAUGUAAAGUGGAUUAACUCUUACCAACCAUACAAGAAGCAAUUUGAAGAGUUGGCGGAGGGACCCGAAUGA